GCAGUCUGUGGGGCAGCUCAUAAGUGUCUAGGCACCCUUAAGCACCUCCAAUGGUUUAUGACCUGGACUUUGCCCCACCAGCUCAGUCUUUGAAAGUCCUCCUCCCUGGACCCUGCCCCAGACACUUUAAAUUCAGGAGAGAAAAAUGUGUCGAGUCUGCGUGGAGAACAGUAUCUGCUCCUAGCCAAGAUCUCCUCAUCACAAAUGUAAUGUGGGCCAUGGGGCCAGGCCAUCUUCUCUGGGCUCUGCUGUUCAUGCAACCCUUGUGGACCCGACUGACUGAUGGGGCCACUCGAGUCUACUACCUGGGCAUCCAGGAAGUACAGUGGAACUAUGCUCCCAAGGGAAGGAAUGUCAUCACAAACCAGACUCUGGAUAAUGACACAGUAGCUUCAGGCUUCCUAAAGUCUGACAAGAACCGGAUAGGGAGCAGCUACAAGAAGACUGUCUACAAAGAAUACAGGGAUGGCUCAUAUAUGCAUGAAAUGGCCCAGCCUGCCUGGUUGGGCUUCCUGGGACCAGUGUUGCAGGCUGAGGUGGGAGAUGUCAUCCUUAUCCACCUGAAAAAUUUUGCCACUCGUCCCUAUACCAUCCACCCCCAUGGUGUUUUCUAUGAGAAGGACUCAGAAGGCUCCCUAUACCCUGAUGGCUCUUCUGGUCGGCUGAAAGCUGAUGACUCUGUUCCCCCGGGAGGCAGCCACAUCUACAACUGGACCAUUCCAGAAGGCCAUGCACCCACUGAUGCUGACCCAGCAUGCCUCACCUGGAUCUACCAUUCUCAUGUAGAUGCUCCACGAGACAUUGCAACUGGCCUCAUUGGACCUCUUAUCACCUGUAAAAGAGGAACCCUGGAUGGUAACUCCCCUCCUCGGCGGCAAGAUGUGGACAAUUAUUUCUUCCUGCUCUUCAGUGUGGUAGAUGAGAAUCUUAGCUGGCAUAUCGAUUACAACAUUGCCACUUACUGCUCAAACCCUUCCUCAGUGGACAAAGAAGAUGAGGCCUUUCAGGAGAGCAAUAGAAUGCAUGCAAUCAAUGGCUUUGUAUUUGGGAACUUACCAGAACUGAACAUGUGUGCACAGAAGCGUGUGGCCUGGCACUUGUUUGGCAUGGGCAAUGAAGUAGAUGUCCACACAGCUUUCUUUCAUGGACAGAUGCUGACUAUCCGGGGCCACCGCACUGAUGUGGCUCACAUUUUUCCUGCCACUUUUGUGACUGCUGAGAUGGUGCCCCAGGAAGUUGGCAUAUGGUUAAUUAGCUGUCAAGUGAAUAGUCACUUGCAAGAUGGCAUGCAAGCACUCUACAAUGUCAAGUCUUGCUCCAUGGCCCCCCCCAUGAACCUACUAACAGGAAAAGUCCGGCAGUACUUCAUUGCGGCCUAUGAAAUUCAAUGGGACUACGGCCCAAUGGGGCAUGAUGGGAAUACUGGGAAGAAUUUGAGGGAACCAGGCAGUGGUUCAGAAAAAUUUUUCAAGAAGAGCUCCAGCCGAAUUGGGGGCACUUACUGGAAAGUCCGAUAUGAAGCCUUUCAAGAUGAAACAUUCCAGGAAAAGGUUCACCUGGAGGAAGAUAACCAUCUUGGAAUCCUGGGGCCAGUGAUCCGGGCUGAGGUGGGUGACACCAUCCAGGUGAUCUUCUACAACCGUGCCUCACGGGCAUUUAGCAUACAGCCUCAUGGGGUCUUUUAUGAGAAAGACUACGAGGGAACUGUGUACAAUGAUGGCUCAUCCCACCCUGGCUUACUGGCCAAGCCUUUUGAGAAAGUAACAUACCACUGGACAGUACCCCCCCACGCCGGCCCUACUGCUCAGGAUCCUUCCUGUCUCACCUGGAUGUACUUUUCUGCUGUGGAUCCCAUAAGGGAUACAAAUUCUGGUUUGGUGGGCCCCCUGCUAGUGUGCAAGGCUGGUGCUUUGGGUGCAGAUGGCAAACAGAAAGGGGUGGAUAAAGAAUUCUUUCUCCUUUUCACUGUGUUGGAUGAGAACAAGAGCUGGUACAGCAAUACCAAUCAAGUAGCUGCUAUGUUGGAUUCCCGACUACUCUCAGAGGAUGCCGUGGGUUUCCAAGACUCCAAUCAGAUGCAUGCCAUUAAUGGGUUUCUGUUCUCUAACCUGCCCAGGCUGGACAUGUGCAAGGGUGACACAGUGGCCUGGCACCUGCUCGGCCUGGGCACUGAGACUGACGUGCAUGGUGUCAUGUUCCAGGGCAACACUGUGCAGCUUCAGGGCAUGAGAAAGAGUGCAGCCAUGCUCUUUCCUCACACCUUUGUCACAGCCAUCAUGCAGCCCGACAACCCUGGGAUAUUUGAGAUUUACUGCCAGGAAGGCAACCAUAGAGAAGCAGGAAUGAGGGCAAUCUAUAAUGUCUCCCAAUGUCCCGGUCGCCAAGCCACCCCUCACCAGCGCUACCAGGCUGCAAGAAUCUAUUACAUCAUGGCAGAAGAAGUGGAGUGGGACUAUUGCCCUGACAGGAGCUGGGAACUGGAAUGGCACAACCAAUCUGAGAAGAACAGUUAUGGUCACAUCUUCCUGAGCAACGAGAAUGGGCUCCUAGGUUCCAGAUACAAGAAAGCUGUAUUCAGGGAAUACACUGAUGGUACGUUCAGGAUCCCUCGGCCAAGGACUGGACCAGAGGAACACUUGGGAAUCUUAGGUCCACUUCUCAGAGGAGAGGUUGGUGAUAUCUUAACUGUGGUGUUCAAGAAUAACGCCAGCCGCCCCUACUCUGUGCAUGCCCAUGGGGUGCUAGAGUCUAGUACUGGCUGGCCACUGGCUGCUGAGCCUGGUGAGGUUCUCACUUACAAAUGGAACAUCCCAGAGAGAUCUGGCCCUGGACCCAAUGAUUCUGCUUGUGUUUCCUGGAUUUAUUAUUCUGCAGUAGAUCCCAUCAAGGACAUGUAUAGUGGCCUGGUGGGGCCCUUGGCCAUCUGCAGGAAGGGCAUCCUGGAGCCCCAUGGAAGACGGAGUGACAUGGACCAAGAAUUUGCCUUGUUAUUCUUGAUCUUUGAUGAGAACCAGUCAUGGUAUCUAGAGGAGAAUGUGGCAACCCAUGGGCCCCAGGAGCGAGGACAUGUUAAUCUACAGGAUGAGACUUUCUUGGAGAGUAAUAAAAUGCAUGCCAUUAAUGGAAAGCUCUAUGCCAACCUCAAGGGUCUUACCAUGUACCAAGGAGAACGAGUGGCCUGGUACAUGCUGGCCAUGGGCCAAGAUAUUGACCUGCACACUGUCCACUUCCAUGCAGAGAGCUUCCUCUAUCGGAAUGGAGAGAGCUACCGGGCAGACGUGGUGGAUCUAUUCCCGGGGACAUUUGAGGUUGUGGAGAUGGUGGCCAGCAACCCUGGGACAUGGCUGAUGCACUGCCAUGUUACUGACCAUGUCCAUUCUGGCAUGGAGACCCUCUUUACUGUCUUAUCCCAAAGAGAACACUUAAAUACUAUCACCACCAUCAACAACAAGGUUGGAAAAGCAACAAUCCCCAGAGACGUUGGAGAAGGCAAUGUGAGGAUGCUGGGCAUACAGAUCCCUGUAAAGGAUGUCGAGAUAGUGGCUUCAGUCUUAAUUGCCAUCGGUGUCAUUCUCCUGUUUGUUGCUCUUGCUCUUGGUGGUGUAGUCUGGUACCAACAUCGGCAGAAAAAGCUACGGCGCAACAGGAGGUCGAUCCUGGAUGACAGUUUUAAGCUUCUGUCCCUCAAGAAGUAACAUCUGGAUCCUAGAACUGCACAUCUGGAAUACACUCCCAGUAGGCCGAGGACUAGAAGCUGACCCCACAGUCAAAGGGGCACGGGUAGUAGAGAGGCAGAGGAGGGAAUCAAACUUGUCUAGGUAUUUUGUCACUUAUUUAUUUACAUGGAAAUGGUGUACUUUCUCUUAUUCUUUAGUUUAUUUGCUCCACUUGGGCACUUGGGGGUGUGUCCCCUAGCAUCUUAUAUCACAAAUUUCAACAGCUAGAUUAUAUCACCAGUGACAUUUGGAAGGUCUAUAAAUUCCUAUCAAACUGAUCCUUUUUACAAAGUAGAUACCAAGAGUAAAGCACAUUAAUUAGGUUUCUACUGCUUUCUGUGACCUAGGCAAGUUCAUUCUGAACCAAGCUUAAGUGAGCUGUGAAGAUAAUCCACAUCUGAACUAAGGACUAAGAAUAUGGGCAUAAUGGGGGAAAGGGUGGGGUGAGAUUUGAAGAUCCAAAUUAUAGUUUGAUUCUUCUUGGAAGUGAAUUACUUUGGAAAAGUAGGUGGAUGGUAGUUGCCAUGAGCACAUGUAACCUCUGAAUCCAGAAGCUCCUCAGCAAGCCAUUCCUCCAAGUUCCUGGCACAGUCACGCUGAAAGGAAUGCUAAGUGUCUUUUCCAUAUUUUAUGCAGAAAUCCCUGUCCAUUAAAGUACAUGUUAGAAUA